GGUACCUUAGAGAGAUAGAAUCUAGCUGCUACCCUUUUCUAAUAAAACAAAAUCUUUGCAUUUGCCCCGUGACGGUGUGGUUUCUUUAGUUUGUUGCGCUUAUCUACUGCAUUUGAAGGCUUUGCAUUUGAUACCAUCUCUUGCCUAGCAGUGUCCUGUCUUACCAGACUACCCGAUGGUAUGGAGAAGUGGCAAGAAAUUUUCAACUUUCUCUCUGUGGGAGAAUUCCCAUUAUGGUAUGAUAAAUCCCAGAAAUUCCAUCUUAAGAAGUACGCCGCUAAAUUUACACUAAAAGAUGGAGAGCUCUUCUACGGAAGUAAAAAAGUCGUUAAAUCAAAGGAAGAAGGAAGGAGGAUCUUCGAUGAACUCCAUUCACCUCCAUCUGGACGUCACCUAGGCAUCGGAAAAACACGGAUAGCAAUGUCGUCAAAAUUCUUCUGGUUUGGCAUGACCAAGGAUAUUGAGAACUGGGUCCAGCAAUGUGAGAAAUGCCAGUGUAUUAAGGUGUCUGCUGUCCGGAAAUCUAGGAAACACCACUGGGUCACUUCCAAGAUGCACAGCUAUGCUGCAACUAUGUUAAUUAACCAACCAAAGUUUUCAUGGCUGAAAAAACUGGGCCUGAAGGAGGAUAAUGAGGGAGUUUACAAUGGUACAUGGGGAGGAAAAGGAGAGAUCGUGACAUCGUAUUGUCCUGCUAAUAAUUUGCCGAUUGCCAGAGUUAAACAGGCCAGUCUGGAAGACUAUAAUGAAACAGUCAAUAAAGCAAAAGAAGCAUGGAAAAUCUGGGCAGAUAUUCCUGCUCCAAAACGUGGUGAGAUAGUACGACAAAUUGGUAACGCACUUCGAAAGAAGAUCAAACGUCUAGGACAUCUGGAAUCUCUGGAGAUGGGAAAAAUUUUGGUUGAAGGUGUUGGAGAAGUUCAGAAAUGUAUUGAUAUUUGCGACUAUGCAGUUGGCCUUUCUCGUGUCAUUGGGGGACCUAUUUUACCUUCAGAAAGACCUGGCCAUGCUCUGAUUGAACAGUGGAACCCUGUGGGUUUGGUUGGUAUUAUCACUGCCUUUAAUUUCCCAGUGGCGGUCUAUGGCUGGAACAGCGCACUUGCACUUAUUUGUGGGGAUGUCUGUCUAUGGAAAGGAGCUCCUACAACGCCUCUAACUAGUAUAGCUGUUACAAAAAUAAUCGCUCAAGUUUUAGAACACAACAACUUGCCAGGAGCCAUCUGUUCUUUGACAUGUGGUGGGGCUGACAUUGGUAAUGCCAUAGCCCAGGAUGAAAGAGUGGACCUAGUGUCAUUCACUGGCAGCACUGAUGUGGGAAGACAGGUAGCACUUAAAGUUCAAGAAAGAUUUGGCCGCAAGUUGUUGGAACUCAGUGGAAACAAUGCAAUUAUUGUGUUUGAAGAUGCAGAUCUUAACCUUGCCACUUCUUCAGUUCUUUUUGCUGCUGUUGGUACAGCAGGUCAGAGAUGUACAACAGCCAGGCGACUGUUUUUACAAGAAAGCAUUCAUGAUGAAAUUGUGGAGAAACUGUUAAUAGCCUAUUCACAAGUGCGCAUUGGAGAGCCUUGGCACUCUGAUAUCUUGUGUGGUCCUCUUCACACUAAGCAGGCAGUUGAAAUGUUUCUUUCUGCAAUUGAGCAAGCACAAUGUGAAGGUGGUAUAGUGGUAACUGGUGGAAAGGUAAUUGAUCGUCCUGGAAACUUUGUAGAACCAGCCAUCAUAACUGGGCUUUCACACAAUUCACCCAUCGUUCACAAAGAGACUUUUGCUCCAAUACUCUACAUUCUAAAGUUUAAGUCUGAAGAAGAGGCUUUUGCUUGGAAUAAUGAGGUGAAGCAAGGUCUUUCAAGUAGUAUCUUUACUAAGGAUCUUGGAAGAAUAUUCCGAUGGCUGGGGCCGAAGGGAUCUGAUUGUGGACUGGUGAAUGUCAACAUUACUACUAGUGGUGCUGAAAUUGGUGGAGCUUUUGGUGGUGAGAAGCACACAGGUGGAGGUAGAGAGUCAGGAAGUGAUUCAUGGAAACAUUAUAUGAGACGAUCUACCUGCACUAUAAAUUACAGUAAAGAUUUGCCACUGGCACAAGGAAUAAAGUUCAGUGAACAGCCACUAGAUGGCAGUGAAACAGGCUGAUAUUUCAAGACAACUAAGAAAUCCACAAACUGGAAGAUUUCUAUCUGCAAAAAUCUGCCGCAGCUCCUCACUUCAUAGUUGACAAAUAUUUUCUUUAUAAAAGUAAAUCUCUCUAAUGCAUUACUUGAUUUUGUAAUCCGAACAAAAAAAAAACUACAGCAGGUGUCUGUAAACAAAAAGCAAAUAUACCUGGCAACUAUUGCACCAGACUUCUUCACAAUAUUCUCAAUGGCUUAUGUAGGAAUGCCUCCUCCAUACAUUUGUUUCUUCCAUAGAAGAAAAAUAAAGUUUAUUUUUACCAACUCUGUUUAAUUUUAUGUGAUCAUUAUUGCAAGAUCAUCUACUAGACAUUUCUCAACAUAAAAUGCAUAUUUAUAUACUG